AUGCUCUGCCUCUGCCACAUGGCCAGCUACUAUGCGCGGCAGGACUGUCUGUGCCACGCCCAGCUGCUGUUGCUGCAGGCCGAGGAGCUGCGCGCCCAGUUCGAUGAGCGAGUUGGCAAGAGCGACAUUGUGCAGAUCACAAUCCAGACACUAGACACGCUGGUCGACAGCGUGCGCAACUACUGCACAGUGUCCAGCGUGGACCUGGGAGCCCUGCAGCUGCUGCUGGCUGACCUCUUGAGGGAGAGCACCGAGUAUGCGGCCAAUCGGCUGACCGCGCCGUUCGCCUUUUACGGCACCACGCUUAACCUGGUGCUGCAGUCGGGUAUGGCCCUGCGGACCAUUGAGGUGCUCAUCUCGUGGCUCUGGAUGAACCUGCAGAAUGAUCGAACGCUGGUGGAGCAGACAUCGGCCAAAUACAUCCCCGCAAUAGCCGCCAAGGAAGAUCACAAGGCGAAUGCCAUGAGCGAGCUGACCAGCAACAUGCUGCUCAUGCAGCUCGUGGAGCCGAUAAAGAAGCAGAACCAGCUGGACGUGGCCACACUCAAGUCUCUGCCCAUGCACGAGCCAAUUCCCACCAGCCAUCAGCUGCAGCGCUAUGUGAGCAAGCAAGGGAUGCCGCCCCAUCUACGGGACAGCAUGCAGCUGCAAUGUUUCUACUUUAUCGUGGGAUGUCUCCAUGCCCGCUUAAACUUCUUGAAAAGGGAGACCGAUCAGCUGGACGACUUCUACGUAGGGGCAGGCAAUUGGCUGCAGGAGGAUCCCGUACGCACCGCCACACUGGGCUCCAUGCUCAUCGUGCACGAACUCUACCACAUCAACUAUCUUCGCUUCAGAAAGAAGAACAAGGAGGCUCUCAGCUAUGCGGAGGCAGCUCUCAAAUCAAUAAAGACGGCCCGGUUGGAGCUGCAUCUCGUUGGCAAAGCGAGGGCGAAGACCAUUAGGCGAGCCCUCGCUUUUAACACUUCGCCAGAGGAUAAACGCAGGAAAGGUGUUGUUGAGGGGACUACCAAGGCAAAAUCAUCUGCCAGAAAGACGCCCAGGUUCAAGAUAUACACGGAGCUGGAAUUGCGACCACCCAUCGGCUGCAGCAACAGCAGCAGCAGUAGCAGCAAGAGCGGCAAUGAGAACACGCCACCAUCGGAUCAUGUGGAUCUGAAUGCCUGCCAGACGAUCGAGAUAAGCGAUGACGAUGCUGCUUCGGUUUCAGCUUCGACUCCGGCUCCCUCUCAACUGAAACGAUCCCAAUCUGUGCCAGCCAAGGCCACAAAGACACGCUCCGCUAGAAUUGGUAGCCAACUAAAAGUACCAGAGAUCAUCGAAUUGGACGAUACCAUGGAAGAGACGCCUUCCACCUCAUCGGCAGCCUCAGUGAAGCGGUAUCCGACUAGUGAUGCAAGGAGCACUCGUGCCCGCAACAGGCAACUCGAGGAAACGCCAGCGACCACGCGGGGACGACCACGUCGGAAGGUACCGGAGCCUGCACCCCAGCAGGAGACAGUCAGCCUUAGGCGGCGGCAAAGGAACUGA